GCCUAGUGGAAGGACUAACGUAGUUUAAGUCAACCAAAUCAAAUUUUGCUAAACUUGAGGAAAUACUUUCAAUCUAAUAAAUGGAUUCAGAUAAGAACAAUUCUGCGUCUUGUUCUUCCAAGAACAGCGAAGCUAUUGCUAAAUCGAAAGCCAGUUUGAAGAAAGCCGCUGAAGACCCAAAUCCUCCUACAAUCCAUGGUCCUGGGGGAGUCCCUCUUAGUAAUCCGCCAAGACCCUUUUCUCAAGGUGGAAGAGCUAACUUCGACUCUAUUAGGCUUCCAGAUCACAUUGAUAUUGUGAAGCCAGAGGAACAGGAAGAGAAUAAAGGAUAAUCAGAUUGCAGAACAUUUACGGAUGUAGUGCUCGAAAGUGAAACUAGUAUGAAAGUUGAAUACGAAUAUAUGCGGAUCAUGAUUUUAUGAAUAACGGACUCUGCAAAUGCCAUUCGAUGAUAAUAAUUAUUGAAAAAUUUUGUUUUUUAGAUAUGCUUUUUUGAAUGAAUUUACUCGACAAUAUAAGAUACUUUAUGCUGCGCAAACAGUAGCUACAGGAUUUUGACAUUACCCCUUUUACCAAUUUUAAUAUUUGAUACGAAAAG